GACUUAUAAAUAGCAAUAUAUGGUUCGGUCUUCUGUAGCUAUUCCAAAUUUCAAGUACGUGUUCUGAUUGCACCACCUUUCAUUGUAAAAGAGCUAAUUUAAAACAUGCACAGUGUGACAUUUGCAGCUUUCAGUUACAGUAAUUAAAUAGAUAAAAAAAAGUAAUCCAAUCAGGGCAGCAUUCUUUGGCGGCGCUCUGCAUGCUGGAGAGAAGCUUGAUACAUUCUUUUGGAGGAGGAGAUUGGGAUUUUUUUUUAAAGCAGUCAUUACGAUCAGUGUAAUAAUUCUGCCAAUACCGGAAGGAAAAUGCAUUGGCUGCUGACUGGGCAAAGAUCACGUGAACUAAGUGAAACAAGCUGAUGAGUUUUGUUGAUUUGUUUCCUGUUUUCUGUUUUCACCACGAUCGAGCUGAGGGCUCUGAGUUCUGAAAGGUCUCCAGUUCAUUUUGCACAUUGGUUAAUGUUUGGGAGGCGGUAAGUGGAAAACAAAACAAAGUAGAUAAUUACUUUAGGCAACUGGUCAGUCGUUAGUGUUUUAUUCGAACUGCCAGGAAGAUCUUGGCAACUUGCCCUAUUUCAGCAAUCUCAUUGGCUAAGGCAGAGUUGCUAGCUUGACGCUCAACCCAGCACAGAUGGAAAGCGUGCAAGGAGCUGGCAGGAUUCGAACCUGGGACCACUCGCCUUGAAAUCCAGCGCUGAUGCCACUACACCACCAGCCGGCUAUUAGGGUUAUGAGCAUUAUAUACUUCGUUGCCUGAAGAUUCCUUGGCAAUGCCACAUGAUGAUUGAAGGCAUUAUUAGAAGUUGUUACAGGAUCAUCGAGAUAUUUACAGAUUAAGCUGAGUUGCUGAUAUGUGUUUAAAAUGAGUGGACCUGGAGAAAACACUUUGGAUCCCGUGAAUUCUGAUUCAAGGAAACGGAAACUUUCCUCUUUUGAUGCUCAGGGUUCAAGUGUGAACUGCAGCAUUGAAAAACGUCGUCGUGAGCAAGAGAGCAAAUACAUUGAGGAGCUGGCUGAACUAAUCUCAGCUAACCUAAGUGACAUUGAUAACUUCAAUGUCAAACCUGAUAAAUGUGCAAUCUUGAAAGAAACAGUGAGACAGAUUCGUCAGAUAAAGGAGCAAGGUAAAGCAUCUUCAAAUGAAGAUGAUGUUCAAAAAGCAGAUGUAUCUUCAACAGGACAAGGAGUUAUUGACAAAGAUUCAUUGGGACCCCUGCUACUCAAGGCACUGGAUGGUUUUCUGUUUGUGGUCAAUCGAGAUGGAAAUAUUGUGUUUGUGUCUGAAAAUGUUACCCACUACCUUCAAUACAAACAGGAAGAGCUCAUGAACACUAGUGUGUAUAAUAUCCUUCACCAAGAGGACCGCGAUGAAUUUCUUCGAAAUUUGCCGAAGUCAACAGUGAAUGGAGUUUCUUGGGCAAAUGAAACACAGAGGCAAAAGAGUCACACAUUCAACUGUCGAAUGUUAGUGCAGAUUCCUUAUGAUUCUUUGGAGGAGUCAAAUGGAAACCAUGAGCCACGUCAGAAAUACGAAACCAUGCAGUGCUUUGCACUUUCUCAGCCGAAGGCUGUAACUGAAGAGGGUGAAGAUCUUCAGUCCUGUAUGAUUUGUGUAGCAAGACGAAUUACACCAGUUGAAAGAUCACAAUUCCCCACCAGUCCUGAAAGCUUUGUCACAAGACAUGACAUGACAGGCAAGAUAACUUCAAUUGAUCCAAGUUCCUUGCGUGCUUCAAUGAAGCCAGGUUGGGAAGAUCUUGUGAGAAGAUGUAUUCAGAGAUUCUUUCACCAUAAUGAUGGACAGCCCUGGUCAUUGAAAAGACAUUACCAAGAAGCCUUGAUGCAGGGUCAUGCUGAGAGUCCACUUUAUCGGUUCUCCUUGUCAGAUGGCACUAUAGUCACUGCACAAACCAAGACCAAGCUUUUGCGUAAUCCUGCAUCCAAUGAAUCCCUUGGCUUUGGCUCCACACAUCUGCUCCAAAGGGAACAGAAUGGUUGCAGGUUAAACCAAACCAACAUGGGGCAGGAAAUGAUGAAGACGCUUGCCACGGCGAAUGCAAACUCUACAGGGAAUAUGAAUAUGCCAUCAGGGGGAACAGGACAAGGGAUGCCAGUUCAAAACAGUAUGACCUAUGGCGCAAAUAGCUUGAAUGACCCCAGUUCUAUGGGGCAAAUGGGAAGAUUUGGUGCAGGAAGUGGGACUACAAGUGCAAUAGGCCUAGGGCCGAACAUGCAGGCACCUGGCUUACAGGGUAACAGCUAUGCACUCACAAUGAACAGCCCCCCACAUAGUAGCCCUGGAGUGAACACAUCCCAGCAAAACCUGAUGCUUUCACCAAGGCAUCGAGUCAGUCCACGAAUGGGACCCAACCAAUAUUCUUCUGCUGGUGGGAUCCAGUCACCAGUGGGACAUGUAAACAGCACAGGAAGUAGCACCUUCUCUAGUAGUUCCCUCAAUGCACUUCAAGCUAUUAGUGAAGGGCUAGGAGUUUCUCUCCUAUCGUCGCUGUCAUCGCCUGGUCAGAAAAUGGAAUCUUCUCCAAAUGUGAGUUUGAUCCAGCAGCCAAAGAUGGGUGGCAUGGAUAUCAAAGAGUCUCCUGCCCUAUAUGGAGAACAUAACCAAGUCGAGAGCACGGUAGGCCGACCAGAAAGUAGAGAUGCUCAUUCUGAGCAGAAGAACGUUAAGGAAGGUAAUCUAAACCUUUUCAGUAACAAUGAUAACUUAGAGGGCCAAAGAAGAUUCCAUGAGAACAAAAACCAUACAAAGCUUUUGCAGUUGUUGACCUCUCCCUCGGAUGAUAUGGGGCUGACCUCUUUAACAAACUCCAACUUAGAUUCCAGUAUUAAGGAUUCUUCUGCAGGCAUCACAAGUCCAACAGGAGUUUCCUCAACCUCAACUACAGCUGGUGCUAGCUCAUCUGCAACUGCAUUGCAUGGCUCUUCUUUACAGGAGAAACACAAAAUUUUGCACAAGCUGCUGAGGAAUACCAACUCUCCGGCUGAAGUAGCCAAGCUUACUGCAGAGGCUACAGGUAAAGAGUCGUUCCAGGACUCGGGUAACAUGACAUCAGCGGGUGAUGCUGUGAUUAAGCAAGAACAGAUGAGUCCGAAGAAGAAGGAAAGUAAUGCACUACUGCGCUACCUGUUGGAUAAAGAUGAUCCAAAAGAACUAACUUUAAAGGAUGUUAAGCCCAAAACAGAAGGAAUGGACAAAAUAGAUUCUUGCAAUGCAGCAAAGAUGUCCGGUUCAGUACAAGUGAAAGAUGAAGUACGCAUCAAGACUGAACCAACUGACCAGGCAAGCAAUGAAUUGGAUACUUUAGAUGAUAUUCUGGGUGAUUUGCCCCAGUAUUACACAGAGUCUGGGAGCAGUAGCUCCAUGAUAAACAAACAGGCAAUGUUUCAGGAUCCCAUGGCAUUUGAAAGAGGUCACUCACCCUCGCCAGGGACAUCAAAACAAAUCCGUGGCAAUUUAAGCAGUCCACCACCUAUGCAAUCCUCCAGGCCUCGAUUUAAUCGGGCCAUGUCACUGGAUGUUAACGCUCAGGGCCAGGCCAGUGCAGGAGCUGGCCCAUCCCUAAGAAGCAACACCCCUUACGGAAUGAUGGCAAAGCAGGCGAUGAUGACAAAUCGAAUGGGAGGCAGUCAAGAGAGUUUUGUGGGAAAUGCAGGUGCACAGGGCAAUAUGGGUAUUGCUCAGCAAACAGCGAUGGCCACUGGAGAGUGGGGACUGCAAAACACUAGUGGAAACGCAGGGCCUGUGUCUAUGAUCAGACCAGGUGCAGAAUACAGUUCAUCAAUGCAAAGAGGCGUGGUGGGUAACUCCUCACUUGGAAUGCAAAUGCGAUCUAAUGGCCAGACUGGUGCAAGGACAUUACUCCAGCAACAGAUGAUGGGAAUGAGAUCUUCAGAAAUGGAUAUGGGUCUUGGAGGCCCUCAGUUUGGGCAACAACAAGGUCCAGCCAAUCCACCUACUUCAUGGCCAGAAGGUGUUCUUCAGAUGGAACAAGGUCCUUCAGGCAAUCAGAACAGGCAACCAUUUGGAAGCUCCCUGGAUGAUCUACUUUGCCCACCCACUACUGCCGAAGCUCAGAAUGACGAGAAGGCCCUGCUGGAUCAGUUGGACACACUGCUGAGCAAUGCAGAUGAAAUGGGGCUAGAAGAAAUUGACAGGGCAUUAGGAAUUCCAGAUCUUAUCAGUCAGGCUCAGCCUCUUGAGGCACACUCAGAACUGUUUUCCGGUCAAGACACAGCCAUGAUGUUAGAACAGAAAGCUAUGUAUAGUCAGCCAUUUCCUUCACAGGCUGGACCAGCACAAGGGUGCUAUCCUUCCAUGCAGGGCCAACAACCAGGUUUUAAUCCCAUGAUGAAUCAAAUGGGUCAACAAGGCAGCUUUCCCCUUCCGAACAUCCAUGCCAGAGCAAACUUUGCUCGACAUCGUAUGAUGAAUGCUUCUGCUCCCAAACAACUUAGAUUUCAACUUCAGCAGAGGUUGCAAGGACAACAGCAGCUUAUGAAUCCAAAUCGUCAGUCCCUUGGAGUCAAACUGGAAAAUCCCAACACGGUUAAUCCAGCUCUUCGACCAGGCAUCCAACAGCAAAUGGUAGCACAGGGCUUUCUCAAUGCACAGAUGAUGGCCCAGAGACACCGAGAGAUCUUGAGUCAACAGCUUCGUCAGAGGCAGAUGAUACAUCGAGCCAUGAUCAUGCGACAACACCAACAGCAAGGUUUCAGUCCUCCACCCAAUGUAACGGCUCCUACUGGCAUGGAAGCUCCCAUGGGAGGUCCUCAGAUAACUCCGGCAUCACCGCAACAAUUCACGUACCCUGCAAAUUAUGGUAUGAAUCAGCAGACUGAUCCAACUUUUGGCAGGGCUCCCAGCCCUCAUAAUGCACUCAUGUCGAGAAUGGGCCCUUCACAAAAUCCCAUGAUGCAACACCCUCAGGCUGCUUCUGUCUACCAAACAACCACUGACAUGAAGAGCUGGUCCACUGGAAAUAUGGGUGGAAAUAGUGCUUUUCCUCAGCAAUCUCCACAGCAAUUUGGGCAACAGACAAAUGCUAGCACGUACAACAACCUGAUGAAUAUGAACAACAACAUGCCAGUAAAUGCCAGUGGUAACAGUAUGGGUCAGAUGCCAGGGCAGAUGGGCAUGGCCCCAAUGUCUGUGUCAGGGAUAUCAAGCAUGGGUCCAGAACAGAAAUAUUGCUGACAACUCAGGAUGACUGUUCAUCAAUCCAAAAGGUUAACCUGGGUCCAGGUGGCUUGUGAAAUCAGUGCACUAAGGAUCUACAGUAGACACUUGCACAGAGAAGGAAAUGGUGCCAUCUUAUGUGCUGCUGGUGUUUGGUGUGGCCCAACCAAAACCACUGUGCCAGCCUGCUAAGGUGUUCAUUUCUUAACAAUGGAGAACUGUUUCUCUGUUUUUAUUAGAUGUUUUAUCAAAAAGCAGACUCUUGGCAACAGUACAGAGCCAGAUCGAAAACUCAAAUUGUUUAGGGUUUGCUUUGGUUUUUAAUUCUCCUCUGAUGUCAUCUUUGCUUGCCAAAUCUAGCAUCUACUUUAUUGCAGUACCCAGCCAUGCUUUAUUUUUCCUGACAGUAUUGUGACAUGUCAUUCGCAAUGUGGUCAUCAUACAGUUACGGACAUUUGGGGGCAAAAUGCCAAGUGACAGCAUAGAACAGUGUGCUUGUGGAUGCACUUUAGAGAAGAUUGAAGUAGUCGAGGUUCACUGUUCUUGUGAUCAGUGUAGCCAUAGCUGCACAUUGGCACAUCCUUGAUUUUGUUUGGAUCAUCUUUGCAUUAAGUAUUCCUCAUUAGUAUUUCAAAGAUCACAACUAUCUGUAUCCCAACAUCCAACUUUUUAAAUCUGCAUAUGCAAUGCCUAGCAAUAAUAAUCUUCAUUUUAAAAUACUGCAGAUAAAAUUUUGAAAUGGGAGUAAUGUAAGGUGUGUGCUGUUGACUCUAAGCAAGGUACUGCAGCAUAAAACACCUGGAAGCUGGCUCCUGUGAAUAUAUCAUGUAAAUAAUGAAUACAAUAUUAUAUUAUAUAUACACUUUUAUAGGUCACAUCUACGGAUUUUUUUGUUUGCACAGCAUUGGUGAGGCUAAUUAUUUGAUGGACUUAUUUCUGUACACUUGCCUUUUAGCAUUAGUUCAGGUUGUUAGUCCUGUUUGCGCCUGGCCUUGACAAUGGAACUAAUUUGUACAAAUGUGCAAAAUGUUUAGAUUUCCCCAUGUUACCAUCUAGACUUAAUUUUGCAAAAAGGCUGCGUUUUUUUUCUCUUUCACAACUGUUGUCCCUCACUUUCCCCAGUUUCAUUUACAAAAGAAGCUUCUGAAAAGUACAACUGUAUUAACCUUGACCCUUAAUCGAGGCUUAAAUCAACUGAACAACAAUUGAUUAAAACUUUGAAGAAGGAUUUAUUUCUCACUGGUUUCCCUUUUAAUUUGUGUUGAGAUAGAAUUCCCCAUCGAGCCAUUUGACCAUCCUCACCUCUGAGAGGAAGGGAGGGAGUUACCUGUAAAUUGUUGAACAGUUAAUAGUUGCUGAUUUCCUUGUGAUGGAUGAUGUGAGAAUCAUGUUGAAGAGAAGACUUUCCGCUACUUCUAUAAAUUCAGGGAGAUGGAAUAUAAUUUUCAUCAUUAAAAUGUGAUCCAAUUCUGAUGUCGGGCCUCAAGUGACAUUGCUUCAGACAGCAAUUUAUGCAGCUGUACUCCAAAGGAACAGCAGCUUGUACAUGAUGUAACUUACUGAUUCUGUAUAACUCUGAACGAGCAAACUCCAUAAUGAUUUAAUGAAAGAGCGUGAGAACUGACCAUUGUGCAAUUCCAUGGGCAACACAGUAAUAUAAGGCUAAGUUUUGUUUGCUUUGGAUUUUGGGGGUGCUGGUACUCUGGAUUGCAUCUGGCUUCAGCUCAUUGAUCUGGAAGAACUGUGUUAGCAGUAAAUGCCACUGAUUUCAAAAUGUUUAAUCAAAAACAAAAUUCUUUGAAUGCAGGGGGUAUUUUUUCUUGGCAGUUAGAAACACAUAUAUAAACUGUAGGUGAAUGAGACUGAUAAGCGAUAAAUAUAGUAUUGACAAAUCACCUUAAAGAUAACACAGACUGGAGUUCUUUUACAUACCUUUAAUUGUUCAUUGUCCGAGCAAUUCUAUUUUGUUUUACCUUACAUUUUCUCUGUUUUUUCUGUAAUUUGUUUCUGCGUACCAUUGUUUGGUAUUGUCUUAACGACUCCUAAGAUGGAUAGGUCUGCUACUGUAUUAAGAAGUAAAAUGUGCAGCAAGGGCAUGCAUACAAAAAUCACAGCCUCUAGUUUAAUGCAGAGUUUGUUAUUCUACUGUCAAGAUGAAACUUGUUUCCCUAAAUAAAGACAACAUUAUAAAUGGAUACUUUUACCUAAUGAUUUUAACAUAACUGUUCAGCUAGUAAAGAAAUCUAUGCAAUAAUUCAAUCACAAUUAUUGUUUAUGUGGAGAUUGAGACAAGAUGCUGUUUCUGGCAACAAUUACAGAUAUUACCACAAAUUGAACUAUCACAAAUUGCACCCACUUUGGUUGAAGCAAUUGAUAUGUUUUGUGCAGUUAAUGGCCUGAGGCUAACUCUGAUCAUAUUGAUCACUUAACAGGUUUUUAUUAAAUGACUGGUUGCUUUUAACAGCAGCAGAUACAUUCCACAAGUAUUCAAUGGAGGGUUGUUUUUGUACAACACAUACACAGGAGAAACACAGCAUUUAAUAUUUACUUUUAGUAUACUAAUGACUGUUCUUGACUUGAGAGCAUGUUUGCUUCAAUAGGAGAACAUUGAUCAAUACUCCCUGAUUUUGUUCACAUUGGAUGCUCGAGUGGUACAGCCAUUAGCAAAGCCGCCUCACAGCUCCACUGACCUAGAUUUAGUCUUGACUUUGCAAUCCCACCCAUGUGUGGAGAUCUUAGGUUUCCUGCAUGGCUGUGUGGAUUUCCUACAGUACUCCAGUGCCCUCCCACAUUCCAAAGUAUUCUGAUUAAUAGGUUAAUCAGCAAAAUUAAUUCGAGUGCCAAUGAGUAAUUGGAGAAUUUUGGUCAGGGAGGCUGGUUGUUGAUGUUGCUGCAAUUAGAAAAUUAUGAUUCUCGUAAUAGGUGCUUGAUAAUCAGUAUAGAUAUUGUACACUGAAAGGCUGUUUCUCUCUUGUUUGACUCUUGAUUCUUAAGAAACCCUCGCUGACCUCUGCUCAAGCUGUAAUAGGUCAAUAUUGGGCAGGUAUUUGUGCUCCAUACUGUGCAGAUGAACCAAACAAAACUCUGGCUGUCUGAAGUCAAACGUGGAUGGAGUUGAGCAAUAGGUACAGCACAGGUAUUACAGCUCAUCUGCUGUUUAGCCAAGUUGUCCAGUGGAAAAUGUUUGAGUGCCUGUUGACUCCACUCAUCUGGAAAUUAAGAACCAGUUCUUAAGUUGUGAAAGUGGUAUUAAAUAUUUACGCAUGUGUAAUUGAGAGUUGAGAAUUUAUUUUGCCAGACUUUUUUAUUAAAGGGGAAUCGGUUAAGUGAAACUACUCAGGUUUGCUAUACAUCUAGAUUCGUGUCAAAACAAAAAAAGCUCAAUUAUCCUCAUGUUGUGUGGGGGCUGGCAACAACCCAGUAACCUGACGUCAUGAGUAGGCUGGCUGCAAUGCAGUAGCAGAUUCUUAGUAUGAAAUACCUGGGGAAAAAUAAGUGCUUCAUUAUAUUCAGGUGCAUUUCUUGUAUCUCAAGAAGGAAAUAGAUACUAAAAAUGCAAAUUUUUACAUUCAGUGAAGAAUUCUAUUAAGAAUAUAACCAGUUAAUGUGCAUCUGUUAUUGUUCAUCGUUUUUUAAAACUUUCAUACUGUAGGGAAAUCACUUUCCUUUUAAGAAGUAGGCAAUCUGAUACAACAGAUUUCCAGAACAUCCCAACUAACACAUUAGAAACUGUGGAUGUCAGGCAGGAUUUCUGAUUUGAAAGUAUUCAGGUCUCAAACUGCAGCCCAGUAUAUGAACAUUCCUUGGUGCCUGAACAUGCCCAGUUACAUCUGGUGACAUGGUACCUUUCACACUUGGGCAUUCUCAACAUAAACCAUAUUUUAGAGCUAAUUCAGGACUGAUUCUUCUGGUACUAGUCCAAGGUGAUGGCAUGGGGAAAAAAAAACACUUGUAUCUUACGGGAAAAGCCCAUUACUUAUGUUCUAUAACAUUUCCAAUUUACAAAAUUAGUUAUUUUACAUGAUUUAGUGAAACAGUGCAUUUUAUUUUUCUUUCCAGAGCUAUUAACUGCAAAAUUAAAAAGCAAUAUUUGAUCUUUUUAAAAAAAUUGAAUUAACUGCUGAUUGUAUUGUCUUGGCUACAUUUUUUGUUUCAGCAAGGAAUAUUUAUAUUUUAAAAAUCAGUGCAUCCACUCCUCUUAAAACAUGUUUAUUCCUUCAACAUAUGGAAUUGCUCCUAUUCCUGAAAGGUGUAAAGUUAUCAUUGGAUGAGGAGGGACACACUUGUCCUUGCUAAAGAAACUUAAAAGUUCUUUGAUUUCCUUUAUAGCUCAGAAGAUUCAGGCACAUAGCAGCUGAGUCACAUAGGCCAGGUUCAAUCCAUUUUUUAAACUGUGGAAGAGGGCUGAUGCUCUAUAGUUGUCCUUACUGACUCUGGGGAGGAGGAAACUGGCUGGGAAUCUUACUCACAAUACUGAUAAAAUUUAUACAUCAAUGGAUAUCGGGGAAGCCAAGGGACAAGAUUAGCUGUGUAAAGCAAACUCUUCAGGAUUACUAUUGAGUAGUUGUUGUUGGGGUUCGGUAUCUCAGGCCACAGUUUCCUGUGGAACAAUGGUCCAGCAUGGAUCCAAUACCAUCAGGAAGGAAGGCAGUGUAGGGAAACAUAUUUUGUGAGGAUAGUGUAUCUUUAGUCAAUUUAAAAUGACUUGGAUUUUAUUCAAAGUGAAACUUCAGUGACACUGUUUACAAAUGGGUAUCAUCCUUUCAGGCUGAACACUGCUUUGAGUAAUAUCAGUAACUCAUUGAAAAAUGAAAAGGUUGGGCUGCAUGUUUUCAGACCACCACGUUGAUUCCCACCCUUCCUUGACAGUAAGUGACCAUUUUCCCCAAUGUACUUCACAUCACAGAAUGAGUUCAGAGCACUGUGAAUAAAAUGGAGUUAUAUUUUUAAUGCUGAGAAUUACCAUUUUAAAUUUCUGUACGAUUAUUAUGUGCGAUCUUAACUGGUGCUCUUGGAGAUUUGGGAUUUCUAGGUAAAAUGUGUGCGAUUAUAGAUUUUUAAUUUUUGUUUUCAUUUCUAGAUUGCUUAUGGCUUUAGAAAUUGAGAUUGUGUAUUCAAACCCAUUUCUUAACUGAUAACACCAAAUUGUACAUUAAUAUAGUUAAUGUAUAGGUUUAUUCAGUGGAGCAAACUAUUUAUUAUUUAAAUAAGAAAUAAUUAAAUGCAAGUAUUAUAAUGAGUCACUUUUGUUUUUUUUUCCUUUUUGCUUCUGCCCUUUUUGUUUUUAAUUCUUUGUAUCAUAAUUAUGGAUUUGAAAAAUUUAUGCUGGAAAAGCAAUAUUUGAAAGGCCAUCUGGUGGAGACACAGUAUUGAAGAUUAGAAAGGAUUCAAUGAAGCAAGGUCUCAAGAUUUCUAAUGUAUCCCUAUGUUACAUUUUGAGCAAAGCAAGGUAUGAAAGCAAAUUAAUUUUAAGAUGGCUCUGCAGAAUAAAGGUAGAAUGGUUAGCAGAUAUUGCUUUGACUGAUUAUUCGCCUCAAUGUUAAUGUUGUAAAUAAAGAUUUCUAUUUAAAAUGUCUUUGGCGAUUUGUUACCGUAUCUUGCUAUUCAGCUGUUUGGAAACAGAUGUUGUAAAAAAGCAUUCUGUAAAAGAUGUACAUUAAAUACACACAAGCCAUGUCUGAAUAAAUUUUCAUGAUAUUAAAGUGUGUGAAUGUGAAUGUUAAAACAACAUAGUUGUACCAUG